AUGAGAAUCCCGGUGAUCAAUCCGAUAUUUCUCCUCACUCUAACCACCAUUCUCCGAUGCUACUCCGCCGGCCCAUCAUUGUUUUCCAUCGUCCAACAACGGACACACUCGGUUUCCGUCACGGACUUCGGCGCCGCCGGCGACGGAAUCCACUACGACACCACCCAAAUCCAAUCCGCCAUCGACGCCUGCUCCGCCACCGGAAUCCGCCCCUGCCACGUCAAAUUCCCGCCGGGCAAAUACCUAACAGCCACCCUGUACUUAAAAUCCGGCGUGAUCCUCGACAUCCACAAAAACGCGACGAUUCUCGGUGGGCCCAACAUCGGGGAUUACCCGGAAAAGCAGGAGAAAUGGUACGUGGUGUUGGCGGAGGGGGAGACGGACGUGGGAAUCACCGGCGGCGGCGAGAUUAACGGGCAGGGGUGGGAGUUCGUGAAGAGGUUCGAUGAGAGGAAGAAUGUGAUGGUGAGCUGGAACGAGACCGGCGCGUGUUCAGGAGACGAGUGCCGGCCGAGGCUGGUCGGAUUCGUUGAUUGCAGAAACGUCAGAAUCUGGGACGUCAACCUUAUCGAGCCGGCUUAUUGGUGUUUGCAUUUGGUACGAUCGGAGAACAUAUCAGUGGAAGAUGUUUCAAUACGCGGGAAUUUCACUUCCCCAAACAAUGAUGGAAUUGACAUUGAAGAUUCCAACAACACAGUCAUCACCGGAUGCCACAUUGACACCGGCGAUGAUGCUAUCUGUCCCAAGACCUACACCGGACCUAUGUAUAAUCUCACGGUAACAAAUUCCUGGAUUCGAACCAAAUCUUCCGCCAUCAAGCUUGGCAGCGCCAGUUGGUAUCUUUUCAAGAAUUUCUUGUUCGACAACAUCACUGUCUAUGAAUCGCAUAGAGGGCUCGCCUUCCAGAUUCGAGAUGGAGGAAAUGCAAGUGACAUUACAUUCUCAAACAUUAAUAUAACCACAAGGUACUAUGAUCCAUCAUGGUGGGGGAGAGCUGAGCCCAUAUAUGUAACAACCUGUCCAAGACACCGAAACUCGAAACAGGGUUCAAUCUCUAACGUUCAGUUCAUCAACAUCACAGCAUCUUCGGAAAAUGGCAUCUUUUUGUCAGGCUCAGAACACGGAAUCUUGAGAAACUUGAAAUUCGUCAACGUAAAUCUCACAUACAGAAGGUGGACUAAUUACGCCGGAGGAUUACUGGAUUAUCGUCCGGGAUGUCAAGGGCUCGUGAAUCACAGCACGGCCGGGUUUGUAAUGGAACAUAUAGAUGGGUUAAAUGUUGAAAACGUUAAUAUGAGAUGGUCCGAGGAAACUUCAGGAGGUUGGGACAAUCCACUUGAGUUCAGGCCUUCCACUGUAAAUAACAUAUCUUUCCUGAAUUUCCAUUCGGAUUUGUACUCUGGAUGA